GCUCCAGGCAGCCUAGGUGCGGGGUCUCGUCUCUUGCACCUGACCCCUGCCCUGUGCAAACACACGUGCACCUGCUAGAACUACCCGCUGUACGUGCGCAGCACCCCCACGGAGAGCGAGCUGCGGUUCCACUACAUGGUGCACACGGCUCUGGACGUGGUGGACGAGAAGGUCUCUGCCAUGGGCAAGGCCCUGGUGGACCAGAGGGAGCUCUGUCUGGGCCUGCUCUACCCCACGGAGGACUACAAGGUAUACGGCUACGUCACCAACUCCAAGGUGAAGUUCGUCAUGGUGGUGGGCUCCUCCAACACGGCCCUUCGCGACAACGAGAUCCGCAGCAUGUUCCGAAAGCUGCAUAACUCCUACACGGACGUGAUGUGCAACCCCUUCUAUAACCCGGGGGACCGGAUCCAGUCCAGGGCCUUCGACAGCGUGGUGACGUCUGUGAUGGCCCAGGUCUGUUGAGUGGCUGCUGUGCUGCAGCGUGAAAGUGCCCACGCAUGGGGACGUGUCACUGUGGUCUGUCCUGAGCCCAACGCGUGUGCCGCGUGUGCCGUGGCUGUGUAUGCACCUCGACUAAAGGGCUUGGGAGACGAA